AUGGCGGAAUUAUCCAAGAAGAUUUGUUUUCUAAUUUUAAGGUUCAGGACUCAUCGUUAUGCAUUUGCUGCAGACGUCCGAAUGAUGUACAGAAUGAUUAAUGUGGAUGAAAGUCAACGUGACUUGCAAAGAAUUGUAUGGAAAAAUUCUAAAAAUGAAGAGGUCAAGACUUAUAGGUUAUGUACGGUAACAUAUGGUACAACAAGAGCACCAUACCUCGCCAUGAGAUGUCUCAAGCAGCUAAGUGUAGAUGGGGAACAGCAGUAUAAAAAAGCUUCAACCAUUGUGAAGUCAGACUUCUAUAUGGACGAUGUUCUGACCGGAGCGGCGGAUUUAGAGACUGCGAAGGAUCUUAAAGAGGAAAUUAUAGAACUGUUAGGAAGUUGUGGAAUGCAUCUUCAAAGUGGUGUGGCAAUCAUCCGGAGUUGA